AUGAAAUACCAACAUCUUACAGGAAAGAAAGAAUUAGAUGAGUUUUGUGAACAAUUCGCAUAUGACACAAAAUUACAGUAUCCUCAUAAACAGAAAAGACAUAAAAUUGGAAAAUCUUCAAAGUAUUAUUCCAAAAAAUCCAGGAAACAUAAAUAUGUUAAAAAUCCAAAUCAGCCACAAAUACCUUCUAAAGGUAAACCAAAGUAUUCCCAAAAGAAAUCUAAAUCCACAAUUAAAUGCUACAAGUGUGGACAGAUAGGUCAUUAUGCUAAUCGUUGUAAAUCCAAAUUACAACAGAAACUUAAUGAAUUAUCGAUAGAUAAUGAAAUCCAGCAACAGAUUCUUAGAUUACUUUCUGAUGAAUCAGACACUUCUUCUGAUGAAGAAGAUGAGAUUACAGCUUUAUACUCCUCAGGAAGUGAGAGUGAGUCUGAUAACUCUCCAGAAAUUUGUGAGUGUAAAAAUCACAUGAAUCAGAUAUCUGAUGAAGUCAACUAUUGGAAAGCCAUAGUUGAAAUGAAUGAAUGCUUUAUGCAAUGA